AUGGGCUUGUCUGUGAGAAGGAAGGGCGUCUGCUUGAAGGGCCACGAUGAGGAGGAAGCGGACGAGGCGGAAGAAACGGACGAAGCGGAAGAAACGGACGAAGCGGAAGAAUCGGACGAAGCGGAAGAAACGGACGAAGCGGAAGAAACGGACGAAGCGGACGAGGCAGACACCAGCGACGGCAAGUUGGCACCCCGCAGAGUAAAGUUUUGCGCCCACUGCGGCACAAACGUAUCGGUAGAGAAAAUUAAAUUGAAAAAGUACAUAGAGGAUAUCUACUUGCCUCUCAGGAAGGAGGAAGUAAGUGACAACACGUACCGCGUGGAGAAGGGAUUCUGGAACGACAUACUGCCGAAAUUAGGCAAAUAUGAACUGCACGAAUUGGGUCCCAACAACUGGGAAGGAUUUUUGAAGUACUUAAAGUCGAAGAACUGCUCACCGAGGACGAUGGCCCUGUACCAGUCCACGUAUCAGCAAUCACUGAAAUAUGCCUUAUACCGGGACUACCUAAAGAGCGUGCAUAAUUUUCGUAAAAUUAAGAAUAGCACAAUUCCGAGGAGGAAGAUUACCCCUUUAUCUCCCAAGGAGAUAGAACUGUUGCUGAUGAACAGCGGCGACAUGCACAGAGCCAUCUUCGCCCUGAGUAUAGGCAUAGGGUUGCGUCCGUCCGAGGUCCUGCGCAUUCUUUGGGAAGACAUCAAUUUUGAAAAGAAAGAAAUUUUCAUUAAAGGCCAAAAGACAAAGUAUAGCAACACGGCCAUCCCCAUGACGAAUUUUGCCUACAACGAAUUGGUGAAAUGGUACAACUACGUCGUACAGUAG